AUGAACGAAUCCAAUGCCUCACAUAGUGUUGCUAGUUACUCCUCUCAGCAGCAGCACCAACAGCAUCAACAAAGCAACAACAAACCCAGAAAAGCAAGUAAAAAAGGACCACCGAGUGUCGUCUUUUCAAAUCUCACCGGUAGUUCAACAAACAACACUUCCUCAACGAAUACCUACACUAGACAAUAUAUUACUCGAGCUAAAGACUCUCUUCUGAACAAUCUCAUCAUGCUCAAAGAUAAAUCAGCUCAGAAAGAUUGGAAAUAUUUUGUAUUGACUCUUUUUGUGGUGGUGUAUACAAGUUUGUGUAGUGUAGUGAUGGGAGUUCAAGGAAGUUUUAAUCAAGGAGAGUAUGGAGAUUGGAUUUGGAGAGCUGCAAAUUUCAUCAUAACCUUCUCCUUAGAUUUGUUGCCUUAUGAGGGAAUGAUGUCACUUGCGAUUAUUUGUAUGAUUGUUUCAUUUGGUGGAAUUGUUUUGUAUUUUUUGGCAUUUCGAUUCACACGAAGAGCUCGUUAUUUGUUUCAAUUCAAAAUGGCUAUCAAGAUUUAUGGAACAUUGACGAGUUUGUGCAGUUUUGUGAUGAUUUACAUUCUCUCCUCGUUUUAUGAUUGUAAUUAUUCGAAAUAUGUCAAAUUUACUGGAUAUUCCAUGCCACAACCAGUAUUGUCGAGAUUUCCAACACACAUGUGUCACGAUACUCCAACCAUUAUUUUAAUGAUCUUUUCAAUAUUCUCAAUCUUGUGUUUGAUUGUCAUGAAUUGUAUAUUUUCAAUUAUUUUAUCGAACUCUCAUGUGUUAAAUAGGGCCAUGUUUAUUGUUGAGACACCCACUUUCUCUAUCAUGAUAUUGACCAUUUCAGAAUUGCAACUCGCAAUCAUGUACUUUAUUCCACAAUCAUUUAUUUAUAUAAGGUCCAUUUUACAUAUCGUUCCAUCGGUCCUUCUAAUUCCAAUUCUAUUUUAUUCACUUCCUUAUUUUAAACGAGUUGAAAAUUCCAUCAUGAGUGGUGUAUGUUUUGCCAAAUGUUUGGCUCCUGUUGGAAGUUUAGUGAGUUAUUUUGCCAACUCGGCCAAUGACCGAUUUUUUGGAUUAGGUUUGGCUUUUUUACCUCUCGCGUUGAUCAUUGGAGGAUUUCUCAUUGGUUUUACGAUCAUGGAGAUUUAUACAAGAAUUGUGAUAUGUGGAAUACGAAAAGACAUCAUGUUCAAUUUUGAUUCAACUCUUUCAGAUCCAGAAAAUAUUCAACGUUUGGAAAAAGAGGCACCGUUCUUAGUGAAAGACAUGGAAACUACGAAACGAAUGAGAAGCUUUGAGAUGUUUAUCAAGUUUAGCAUCUUGAGCAAAUCUAACAUUAGCGGAACUCAAUUGCGCGAUCGAGAUUUAGGAGUUGCCAUUGUCAAGUCCAUGACCAAUCACAAAAGUUUCACACAAGCUGACAUUUUAUGUUUGGCUGGAAUUCUAGUCGCAUAUUUUUGGGAGGAAGAAUUCAAUCGAUUUGGAUUUGCUUCUGCCAUGUUGAAACGAGCUUUUAAGAACAAAUCUAGUAUUUUGCAAGAUCUUAUCUAUCGAGAACGAAUCAUGGAAAUUGAGAUUGCUUCAGAACAAGCUAGAGGAGUGAGACGAUCGAUUGCUGACAUUGUAGAUGUACUUGUGAAUUUACAAACAAAACAAAGGAGAAUAACUGCACUUCACAAAGCUUUUUGGAAAUGUCUCAUGGAAGAAGUGGUCAAUUAUAACACAGUUUCAUACAUUACUAGAACCAUUACAAGAAUGACACGAGAGUGCAUUGAAACAUUUUUUCAUUUAAUCAAAAAUUAUAGACAUGAAAGAUCCAUCAAACGUCUCUAUGCAAGAUUUAUUGAAGAAGUUUUAUUUGAUUUUGAAACUGCCAAUGAAAUAUAUGAAGAGACUGAGGAAAAUGAUGAAGACGAUACAAAACAUCAAUCAGGAUUUAUGGAACUCAAACAACACACUUCUAAAUCGCGAAAUAGAGUCUAUCCUUAUGUCGCAAUGUCACCAAAAGAUAAAACCAAGUCAAGUUUGGAUUUAACUGGACUCAAUGGAGGAACCACAGAACUUGUGGAAAAUGCUGAAGAGCUUGAUUUGAAAGAGGCUGCAGAAGAUGAAGCUAACAAACGAGAGUUUCUUAUUAGAGCUGCAAUUUCCACUCCACCCAACAAUCUUCAUGUCUAUGUCCUCUUUUGGAUUUUUAUUGGUGUUAUUUGUUGUUUAUUUUUGGGUGGGAUUGCUCUUGCCGUAUAUUAUCAGACAUCUUCCACUUCUGAUUUACCAAUCAUUCACAAUUCAUGUUUGAUCUCGAGUUUACCUUUGGAGGGUCUUUCUUCAAUAAGAAAUUUUCAAGUCUAUCUAACCUUAUUUAGCAAUCAAAGUUUAAAUGAACAAUCAAGUGUAAUUGGAAACAUUACACAAUUUGAAGAGAAUCAUAAUUCGAGAUUGCAAUAUAUUAAGGAGAAGUUAUUAACACUCGAAUCACUCGCCCUAGAGAAUGAAAUGACCACUGAAAUGCAAGAGGACUAUUCAAAUCCUAUCUAUGAUAUUAUUUUUCCUUUGGCAGCUACGUCUGGAGAUUUUACAAGUUAUGAAAUUCGUAAAAACUCUAUUUCUCUCAUAACUAAAACUAUAGUGAAAGAAUUAGAAAUAUUUCACAAGAUGUCACACAACGACUAUUUUAACACAACGACUAGUUUCUCGUUCAUGACAAUGUGGCGUAAUCGACUGCUUGUUUUGAAUAAUUACAAACAUUUUUGUAAUAUUAUGAUCGACAGAGCACAUGAAGAUAAUCUCAACUUGGACAACCUCUAUUUUUAUUACUACAUUGCAAGUUGUUCUUUCUUGGUGAUUGCAGGAAUGAUUAUUACUUCGAUAUUUAUUUUCAACACACGAAAAUUGUUUUGGACGAUUAAGACUGUAGAUAAAUGUGUUCCAAAAGAUUGUGUAGGAAAGUUAUAUACUCAAAUGAAAAGUUCAGAUGAGGACAAUAUGGUCAUGAAUAUGAAAGAUUCUUCACCGUUUAAGAGGCCAUCUUUUCAAAUCUUAGUAUUCUCAAUAUUACUUCUCGUAUUAGUAAUUGCAUCAUUGUCAAUAUUUCUUUACAGAGUUAAAGCAGUUGUGGGUUUUACAGAAGAUAUUUUGAACAAUAUUAACACGUCUGCAGACGUUCUGUCUAAUGCGAAUGUUGCACUCUUUGACGUUGGUCAACUUUUGAGCCAAGCGUUCAUUACUGCUAAUUCAUCAUCCAUUAACAGUGACAAAAUCAUCUCAGACAAGGAAAUAUCAGGUAUUUAUGACGAUGUCGAUGAUGUCACUGAUGAAUUGUUCCGUGAUUGGAGUCAAUUGGUUUUUGGAAAUUUGACAACAAAUGAUAAGCCCAUGUUAGGAAUAUUUCCUCAGGUUGAUAGGAUUAUUACUGGAGAGUGUAGUGGAAAUGAAACAUCAACAGAACAAACACAAUGUGUAGGUCUAAACACACUCGUAUCAGAGUUUGUUUUAUCCUCUUAUGAGUUGAAAGAAAAUGUCAAGCUUCCCAAAAAAGAUCCCAAUGCAUACUUUUUAACUUUCCAAAACAUGAAAAAUGUUGCCAUUCAAUUAGAAUCUCAAUUGUACAAUUUUGUGGAUAUUUAUCUUAGCAGUGUCAUUAAUAACGAAGAAGAAACCAUUAUUGGUUUUGUUUCUGCUUUUGGCUUGAUAUUUUUUGUAAUUCUUGGAUAUGGUUUGUUUAGUGCCAUUGAAACCGAUUGCUAUGAAACUCAUACAGUUAGAUCUCUAUUGAACUACAUUCCAAUUGAGAUUUUAGAUGGAGGAGAAGAUCUUCGAAAUUUUAUUUUUUAUCAUCAACUUUAUGGAAGUUUUUCAUUGAAAAGCAACAAAUCCAAAGGCACUCAAUCUCAAGAUGAAGAAUCUAAAGUGAAAUGUAUUAUCAAUGCAUCCGUGGAUGGAACUGUACUUUGCAACCAUUAUCAUGAUAUUGAGUUAUUUAAUCCCUCUUGUCAAAGAAUGUUCGGCCGACAACCCAGUGAAGUUGUUGGAAGACCGUUCUAUACUCUCUUUGAUCCAAAAUAUCAUGAAACCAUCAAAACCAUGAUGAAAUCAAUGGAAAAGGUUUCAGAUAACAACGCUGGUCUUGUCAAUUGUGGAGAAAGUAAGGAAGUAGAAUGCGUACGGAAAAAUUUCUCAACCUUUCCAGCAUCCAUAAGCAUUGCUUGUGCCUAUUACAACUCUAAACAAAUAUUUACCUGUUCCAUUAAGGAUAUUACCUCUGAGAAGAAGCAAAAUGCAUUGUUAGCAGAUGAGAAGAAGAGAGCAGACAAUUUAUUGAGAAACGUGCUGCCCAACGGAGUUGCUCAGAGAUUGAAAGCUGGUGAAACAUUUAUUGCAGAGCAAUUAAACGAUGUGACAUGCUUUUUUAGUGAUAUGGUUGGAUUUACUGCUCUUAGCAGUAAGAUGAGCGCCAAUCAAAUCGUUGGAAUGCUUAAUACUAUUGUCAGUGGGUUUGACGCUUUGACUGAAAAGUAUGAUCUUGAAAAGAUAAAAACUAUUGGAGAUGCUUAUUUCUGUGUUGGUGGAUUAUGGCAAGCAUCAGAUCAUCCAGAAAGAACAUUGAGAUUCGCCAUUGAUGCAUACUCUGUGGUUCGAGAUUACAACACUCAAACAUUCCAAGCAAAACUCUCAGAAGUCACAAAUUUAAAUAUUGACUUUAUGAGUGAUCACAAACAAAUUGACAUACGUGUGGGAAUUAAUACAGGAAGUGUAGUAGCUGGAGUUAUUGGUGUGAAAAAGUUUGCCUAUGAUCUUUGGGGAGACACGAUUAAUGUCGCCUCGAGAAUGGAAUCCACAUCUAUAAACGGAAGAAUUCAAAUUUCUAGAAGUACUUUUGAACGAGUACAUGAUUUGCCAAAUCUUGAGUUUGAAGAGAGAUUCAUUGAGGUCAAAGGAAAGGGUCAAAUGCAAGGUUAUUUAUUGGAUGAAAAGUAUCAUAAACGUGCACCUUUAUCUUUGGAGGAAAUGAAAGAAAUGGUCGAACAAGAAAAGCAAAAGAGAGAUAACCAGACACAGGUUUUAUUAGAAACUAAAGAACAUUUACAGGGUGAGGAAUUUACUGAAGAUGAACAACAGUAA